AUGAAACUGAUUGAGUGUGAAAAUGCUCGGUCUGUAACCUUCUCAAAGAGGAAAAUAACCCUAUUUGAAAAGGCCAAAAGGGCUGCAGCUUCAACUGGUGCCACUAUAGCCAUAUUUCUCAUCUCAUCCAAGGGAUAUAUGCAUGCUUUUGGCACUUCUUGUGUUCAUCCAAUAAUAAAUGAAUAUCGUGCUAGGCAUUCCAAUGAUAAUGUAGCCAUUGCGGUCGCUCAGAACGAUGGCCACCGAUCGGAUCUUCUGAAUGGAGAUCCAGUUGACAAGUUGAAAUAA